AUGGGCAAGGCCGUGAAGGGCCGGAGGAAGUUCCGUGAGAACUGGGACUUCAACACAAAUCGUUUCAGAAAAAAGUUUCUGCUCCUCAAGCAUCUCAGAGACACCAGGUUCAAGAUAUCCGACACUAUGGCUUUGGCUUUAAUGGACGAGGAGACGAGAAAUAGAGAGGCAAUUCUUAACGAUUUGGAGCCGGUCGUUAUCCCGCAUAGUGUUUACGGCCCCGGAGUUAAAAAGAGUGUGAAAACAUCAAGGACAAACUCGGAGAGUUCCUCCAGUCUACCACAAGCUUUUAUACCGGCCAACUUGUCUCUGAACACCUCCCUUAUUACCGACCAAACCAGAGGCUCGAAUACAGCUACAAGGUCCGGCUCUAUAGAGAUGUGCCCAGCACACGUGGAGUACACACUGCCAACGAUAUCUGAGCUCGAAGAGACUGGGUUGAAAGAGUUCUAUAACUCGUUCUUGAACAGUGCUACGUGGCAGAUAUCAAAUUUGAACGUCAGACCCGGUGACGACCAUUUUAUCUUCUGGUUUAUGGCAUCCUCAUAUAUUCCCUUGAUCUGCAGUUGUUCGGGUCCACUAUCCAAUCUUUUCUCAUUACUUGCCAUCAUCUGUCCAUGGAAAAUAAAUAAGCAUAAUCCGUCUUUUGAACAUGAUCCCUUUUGGUGUUACUUGGUUAACUCUAUUUCCAUUGUCUUUGCCUUAAUCUCUAACAUUUUUUUGCUUUUGAACUACAGGAAAAAGAUCAGAUACACAUACUGCCAGGUUAUCUCCAUCUCCGGAUGGGCUAUAGCAUGUGUUAUUUUGACAGUCUUAAUUGUUGUCUAUCACGUAUGGUUUUACCGAUACCAUUAUGACGAAGACUAUAUAAUAGGCGAAGGCUUUUGGUUUGCCAUCAUAACAGUUACUCUCCAUUUCACCAACUUUCUGAUGCUACUUUUAAAUGAGUUGGGGUUUCUCUUGAAAAAAUAUAAGCCUGUUUUCAAUAUUGACCAGGUGCAAGAGACAUUGAUUAUUCAAACAACAGCAAUGGCGGUGUGGUUGAUCAUUGGUGCCAGUAUUCUCACAAGGCUCAUAAACUUGGGUUUAGGUGAUUCUCUUUACUACUGUAUUGUUUCUGUGGUCACUAUAGGUGAACAAGAUGUUGUUUCAACUACAGAUGUUGCUGCACAAACAGUGUCUGCUAUAUGGAUUGUUUUUGGCUUGGUGAUGUUUGGUUUGAUUGUCACCAGUAUUCGUAAAAUGAUGAUUGAUUUUUCAAGCUCUACUUUGUACUGGCAUAGGCUAGAACGCUUACGUCGGAAAUCUUUGGAAACACAUCAAAAUGAAACACGAAUCAGUUCAACCAACCAGGAGUCAUUUGUAUUGAUCAAAAACAUCGCCAAAUGGGCGUAUACAAUCCAAGGAGUGGCAGAAUUAACGACAUCAAUCAUUAUUUUCAUGUUUACCUUGAUGGUUGGCGCAAUGGCCUUAUCAAUACUUGAAUCAUGGCCCUACAAGACAACGGUUUAUUUUUGCUUCUUCAAUCUUAUGACUUUAGGUCAGGGUACAGAAGCUCCAACCACUCCUGGGGGCAAGGCCAUCUUUUGCGCUUGGGCUUUAGCAGCUAUUCCGGUUAUGACCAUUUUAGUUUCCACCUCGAGUGAUUUUGUAUUCUCGAGGUUAACAGUCUGGGAAGAAGUACCGUUUUCUGAUGCGGUUAUCGAGUACUGUCUAAGUAAAAGUUUCCUAAAAUCCUUAGGAUAUUUUCUCAAAUCACGGCAAUUGUAUGCUUUGGAUAAAGCUUCUGUCUUUGAGAUGAAAAACAGUUCCAUGCUUAAGGUUGAUGACACAAAAAAUCAUGGUGAUGAUAAUAAUAAUGAUAACGUUGAAGAUUAUAUUAACAACAACAAUAAUAAUAUCAACAAUAAUAAUGAUAAUAAUGAUAAGGACAAUACCCAUGGCAAUGACAGGGAUGUGGAAAUGGAUAAUACCCCUGGUAUUAGGAUUUCAGAAUUCGAUAGAGGCAAACACGACGUAUUUGCAGAUGUGCCUGUAAUAUGCCAUCCAGCAGACAUGCUAUACAAUGUGAUCCUCGAUUCAACUGGGGUGGAUAACUUUGGGUUCAUCACUUCACGGUCGUUUGUACGUUCCAACACUGCCACGAUCCAACUUGCCAACUAUUUCAGGGAAGGCGCUUAUGUUAAUCCAAACAUUGAUCAGCUGCACGAGUCUCGCCAAACUCUUGGACAGCACUUCAAGGACUUGGAUUCGAAAUUUGAUGUUAAUGAAUACGAAAAAGCGUAUGACAUAUACGCUACUGGUCAAAACCACGGUGUGAUCCAGAAAGAUCUCCGGAUCAUGACUGGUUUCAAAAAAAAGAACGAUUUUGUUCUAAACAAACUCAGUCGUAUCCAGGUUAUCUUGUUGGAGCUACGAAGCGCGUUACAUAAAGUUUGCACGAAUUUGGACCACGAGUACUCAUACCAGGAUUGGGAAAUCUUAUUCAACAUCACUCAAAGUGAAGAGGCGAUUGAAGAUAACCUAUAUUGGAUAGAGUCGAGAUCGCCGUUAGCCUUUCCAAUGCACCAGCCAAAGUACUUCACGCUUCAUUACAUGAGACAUCUAGAGCUUUUUUUGCAGCAGUUUGCUGCAGAAUGGGACGAAUUACCUAUAGAUGGAGAGAAUAUUGCGGAUGACAACAUUGUUAAUGUCGACAUCCCCGAAGACAACAGUACAGUACACGCGGCGGUCACCAUUUCUACGUUGGUCUUAUGGGGAAUCAUUUACCCACUUUACUUCCAUCCGCUAUCAAAGGUCCCAGGCCCGACAAUUUGUGCGUUGACAAGCUAUUACAUCCUCUACAAAACGUGGAACGAGGAGAGAAACAGAUAUGUUCAGGAGUUGCAUGAGAAAUACGGCUCUGUAGUCCGGAUUGGACCAAACGAGGUUGACAUCAAUGACGUGGCCUAUUUGAAAGAAAUUUACAUUGGCGAUUACGACAAGACUUCGUUCUACUCCCAGUUUGUCAAUUAUGGCCAACCAAACACUUUUUCCGUCACGACCAAAAAGGAGCACACGCAGUCUAGGAAGGUCAGCCACAAGUUUUAUUCAAAGAGUAAUAUAUGCUCCCACGAUAUCAUGCCCAAGAUCGAAAAGGUAAUGUCGGAUACUCUUUCUGCUUUCGACAGGUAUAAUGGAAAAUCAAUUAACGUUUUUGUUCUCUUCUGCGAUAUGGCAAUGGACGCGGUCACCUCUUUUUCCUUUGGAAUAAACAACUACAAGUCCCUCCUCUCAGAUCCAUUUGGCAAUGGGAGCAUAAUUGUAAAUGACUUUGGUCUCCAAUCCUCCUCAUGGUUCUGGGUGACCCAUAUGCCAUCGUUCUAUGAUUUGGUAGUGUCCAAAAAAGUCGUCGAAGCAUCAAAAAGAUGCUACGACUGGAUUGAAAACCAGUUUGAAUAUUCUAUGGGUCGCCUAAGCAAUGACGAGGAAAAGCAAGAGAAAACUCUUUUGUCUGUCUAUUUCGAUUCGGUGCCAAGCUCUACUGAGGCCAAGCAAAAGAGUCAGGUUUUUGACAUCAUGAAAACAAAGUCAGAGUUUUUCGAUCACAUAGCAGCUGGGCAUGUCACAACAGGAACGACGUUAUCCUACUUAUUUUACGAGCUUGCCAAAUACCCAGAAAUGCAAGAAAAAUUGCGAUCUGAAAUUCUCAGUAAGAUAAAUAACAAUGAGUCUACCGCACCGUCAAAUUAUGUGCCAUUCAAGUACUCUUUGGUAGACAACGAGGACUUGUUGCCAUACAUGAAUGCAGUCAUACUGGAGACCUUUAGAGUGCAUGCCGCCAUCCCAGGUGAAGAGCCAAGGGUGGUCCCGGCAAAAGGGAUGAUAUUCCGCGGGAAUUCGACUGUUCCAGCCUGUAAAAUACCAGCUGGUACAACGGUGGUAAUGCAGCCCUGGAGCUUGCACCGUGUCUCUACAUUGUUCCCCGACCCUGACAGAUUUGAUCCCGAGAGAUGGCUCGACGUCUCUCCUGCCCAGCUCAAGCAGAUGAAAGGUAACCUAAUGCACUUUGGUGCUGGAGCCAGGAUGUGCAUUGGCAUGAACUUGGCCACUACUGAAAUCAAAAUCAUUGUGUCAAGUCUAAUGGCUCGUUACAGAAUUGAGCUGGUUGACAACUUCGACUACGAUUAUGAUGGGGCUAUGCUCGACAUCUAUACCACGCUUCCGCGUAGUGAGAAGAUGAUGCUUCGGUUUACUCCGCUGUAG